AUGUUUACGAGGCACCUGACUAUUAAUAUUACUCAGCCAAGGUUCAGUGGCACAGAUGCCUUUGGAUACACCUCAUUCCUGGCUUAUUCACGGAUCUCAGACAUCAGCUUCCAUUAUGAAUUCCACCUGAAGUUUCAGCUGGCAAACAACCACUCAGCACUGCAAAAUAACUUGAUAUUUUUUACUGGACAGAAAGGCCAUGGGUUGAAUGGCGAUGACUUCCUGGCUGUGGGCCUGCUCAAUGGCAGUGUGGUUUAUAGUUAUAACCUGGGGUCUGGCAUAGCAAGCAUCAGGAGCGAGCCCCUCAAUCUGAGCCUUGGAGUCCACACUGUUCAUCUGGGGAAGUUCUUCCAAGAGGGCUGGCUGAAGGUAGAUGAUCAUAAAAAUAAAUCCAUUAUCGCCCCAGGAAGAUUGGUUGGUCUCAAUGUCUUCAGUCAGUUUUAUGUAGGUGGCUACAGUGAAUACACUCCAGAUCUCUUACCAAAUGGAGCAGAUUUUAAAAAUGGUUUUCAAGGCUGUAUUUUCACUCUUCAAGUUCGCACUGAGAAGGAUGGCCAUUUCAGAGGACUGGGAAAUCCCGAGGGCCACCCAAAUGCUGGACGCAGUGUUGGCCAGUGUCAUGCUUCUCCCUGCAGUUUAAUGAAAUGUGGCAACGGUGGGACAUGCAUAGAGAGUGGAACUAGUGUUUACUGCAAUUGUACCACUGGAUGGAAAGGAUCAUUCUGCACAGAGACAGUUUCUACCUGUGAUCCUGAACAUGACCCUCCACACCACUGUAGCAGAGGAGCAACCUGCAUUUCAUUACCUCAUGGAUACACCUGUUUCUGUCCUCUAGGAACCACUGGAAUCUACUGUGAACAAGCUUUAUCCAUAAGUGAUCCAUCUUUCAGAAGCAAUGAGUUAUCCUGGAUGUCUUUUGCUUCCUUUCAUGUUCGAAAAAAGACACAUAUUCAAUUGCAGUUUCAGCCUCUCGCUGCAGAUGGUAUCCUAUUUUAUGCUGCACAACACUUAAAAGCCCAAUCAGGUGAUUUUUUAUGCAUCUCUUUAGUAAAUAGUUCCGUUCAACUUCGCUACAACCUUGGCGACAGAACUAUCAUUCUAGAAACUCUCCAAAAAGUAACUAUAAACGGAAGUACUUGGCAUAUAAUAAAAGCAGGAAGAGUUGGUGCAGAAGGCUACCUGGAUCUAGAUGGGAUAAAUGUAACAGAAAAAGCCUCCACUAAAAUGAGUUCUCUGGACACAAAUACAGACUUCUAUAUUGGAGGAGUAUCUUCUUUAAAUCUUGUAAAUCCCAUGGCAAUAGAAAAUGAACCUGUAGGUUUUCAAGGCUGUAUCCGACAAGUUAUCAUAAAUAAUCAAGAAUUACAAUUAACUGAAUUCGGAGCAAAAGGUGGCUCAAAUGUAGGUGACUGUGAUGGGACAGCCUGUGGGUACAACACAUGCAGAAAUGGAGGUGAAUGUACAGCAAACGGCACAACUUUUUCUUGCAGAUGUUUGCCAGAUUGGGCUGGAAAUACAUGUAACCAGUCUGUGUCCUGUUUGAAUAAUCUUUGCCUCCACCAAUCUUUAUGUAUACCUGACCAAUCAUUUUCUUACAGUUGCCUGUGUACUUUGGGUUGGGUGGGAAGGUAUUGUGAAAACAAAACUUCAUUUUCAACUGCAAAAUUUAUGGGUAAUUCUUACAUUAAAUAUAUUGAUCCAAAUUAUAGAAUGAGAAACCUCCAGUUCACUACUAUAUCCUUAAAUUUCAGUACCACUAAAACAGAAGGUCUAAUUGUAUGGAUGGGAAUAGCUCAAAAUGAAGAAAAUGAUUUUCUGGCAAUUGGUCUCCAUAAUCAGACCUUGAAAAUAGCAGUUAACUUGGGAGAAAGAAUCUCUGUGCCUAUGAGCUAUAACAAUGGCACAUUCUGUUGUAAUAAAUGGCACCAUGUAGUUGUAAUUCAAAAUCAGACUCUUAUCAAGGCCUACAUAAAUAACAGUCUAAUUCUUUCCGAGGAUAUUGAUCCACAUAAAAACUUUGUUGCUCUAAACUAUGAUGGCAUUUGUUAUCUAGGGGGCUUUGAAUAUGGUAGAAAGGUAAAUAUCGUUACUCAAGAGAUUUUUAAAACCAAUUUUGUUGGCAAAAUUAAAGAUGUUGUAUUUUUUCAGGAUCCAAAAAACAUUGAACUAAUUAAAUUAGAAGGAUACAAUGUUUAUGAUGGAGAUGAACAAAAUGAGGUUACAUAAGUUAACACUAGAGAUUUUAGUACACACUAUACAUAAAUGCAGUUAUUUUGAUAGUUAUUUCUUUGAUACAUUGCUCACGGGGAAUCAACUGUUUACUAUUACCUGAAAUAGUCUAAAUGCUAACAUAUCUUUUUGAUAAGAUUGUAAAAUGUCACUGAAGGUUCUGAUUGUUUUUCCUACAUCUAAUUUAUCUGUAUGUAUUUUGAUUCAUGUUUUAACUCCAUUAGUUCAUUCAGUGCUUAUUCACAGAAUGUGCUUAUUCACUUUGCUUAUUCACUUUUUACCUAUCCCUAAUGCUUACAUUUUAAAAUCAGUGUGUAAACACAAUUUUAAAAAUCAAUGUGUAAGCUGAACUUUAAAAUGUUUAAAAUUCAGUUGGGAAUGAAUUAGGGAUAGGUACAAAUAAGAAAAAAAUCAAGUUAUUAAUCAAAGGAAAAAUAAAAAUUAUACAAAGCAAUGUAACCAUAUUGUAUUACAUGGCUUAGCUACAACUAUUUAUAUGAUUCAACAAUGUAAAACUUGAACAUAGAUUUAAACCAAAAAUUAUUGCAUGAAUGUAGAAAGAUAAGGUGAGAGGAGAGGAGAACAGGCUGGUAAGAGCUAAAUCCUUAUCUUUUAUAGUAAGACAUCAAUAGAUAUUACAAUAUGUGCAACUUAAAACAUAGCAUAUGCAUAUCACAAACAUGAAGGCAAAUAUCCUGAAUAUCUAAAAGAAUUAAAAAUGGUUGCCUCUGGAGAGAAGAGUAGUGCAGAAGCCUGUUGCUUUUUGCUUAUGAACCUUGUAGAACUAUUUGACUUUUUAAAACCAUGUACUCAUAUUAACUGAUCAAAUUAAAAAAUUAACCUUAAUUUGUGUUUAACUGCUUUCAAGUCUAUACAGAUCUCAAAAUUGGGCAUAAAAUAGGUUCUAAACAAUGCCAUGGAAAAUUACUAUCCUAACAAUUUAGUACUGUUGAUAGCAUAACUUGAAAAAAUAUUAUUUUUCCCAAAACAGUUACUGAUAUAAUUGUGAACAGAACUUUCACUUCCCACUCCCAGUCCACCACUGCAGGUUGGAAAGCAGUUACUGCUGUUGUUACCUGACAUUUUCUGAGUUUGAUAUCUGUGACAAUUUUGCCACUUGGCAACCAGCAACAUAUGACUGACUCGGUGAACUAACAGGUAGAAUAGGUCAUCCGGAGAAAAAAAUCUUAGUAAUAAGCAGCAUGUAAUGUUCAAAAGGAAAAAUAUGAAAUUAAUCAUCAAGUAAUUAGAGAAAAGAUUUACAAAAAAUAAGAGCUGAUGAAUACACAUUUAACUUCUGUGCAGAUUCCAGUCUAUACAAAGUAACUAGGUAGUAAUUUAUCAUUCAAAAACUAUUACAGAUUUUUGUCUUAUUUUAGCCACUCCAUUCCAAUCAAAAGGCUACAGACAUUCCUAAAAGGACCUAGGACCAGAGUUAAGAAUGUCAACACCAUUUGACAGGGCACAAAUGUUUCCAGACAUACAGUUCAUAUUAAUACUAGGAAGUGUGAGGGUAGAAUAUAAGGUAGAAUUGCAGAAUGUUUACACAUUGAUUCAAAGGUUUGUUUUUUUAACGGAAACCACUUAAAACAACUCCAUCAAAUUUUGCUGAAAAACUGUGAUCUAAACUGGUAUUGAUCCAUACUAUUGCAUUUAACUUUGGAGAUACUCAGAGCAUAAGGAAAAAUGCUCUAAAGAAAUUCCUUUUGGCAGCUGGUAGUCAAAUCUAACCUCUCAGAAAACAUACUUUAUGUAUAAACCAAGAAGGCUGUUUUAUGAAAGCUUACAAAAGAAGAAACUGCCUGAACCACACUCCCGUCAUAUUCGGCCAUGUGUUCUCUCAUAAUAAAGUGUGCCUUUUCUUUAAAAUAGCACUUCCCAAACUAUGGUCCAAGAACCCCUGCGAUCUUUUCAAGGAAUCCAGAGUCCUCCCUUUCCCAAAAACAAAUGCACAUACAGCCAGAUUUUCUUCAUAUAUUUCAAAUAAAAUGACAUACUACAAAACACUGAAUGCAGGGCAGGUAAGAGAAUCCAGCCCUAAGUCAGAAAUUGGAAAUAUGCAAAAAUCAAGACAAUGACACUCUUCCUACUAAAUUAGUUUGGAAGUUAACUUUUAUAUAAAUGUUACAUUAACAGAUGAGAUUAUCAUUAACAAAUAUUUUUAACGUUUAUCAUUUGAUUUUCUAGUAUGCUAAAUAAUGAUAUAAGCCAUAUAAACAAAAGCUUUGACAUUCUCAAUUUUUAAGUGUAAGGGGUCUUGAAAACAAAAGUUUGAGAAUUGCUGCCUUAAAGCUUUUCACAGUUGCAAUUUUACGUUCAGAUUUUAUAACUUGUCUUCUACCUGUAAUCUCCACAAAAUUGGAACUUUCCCAUUUUGCUCAUCAUUGAAUUCCAAAUGCAGAAAAUUGUGCUUGCAGAAUAGGCAGACAAUAUUUAAGAACUGAAAACUGCUGCCUUUUCCCCUAUAAAUCAAAAUGACUUGAAAAUAUAUUUUUCACCUUAAAAUCCUGCAAAGUUCAUGUAACAAAUCAACACUAUUCCUGCUUCCUAUUUUUGCUAUCCUGGUGAUGAUGGUGUUGACGAUUUCCUAUGUGAAAUGCUUUUCCAGUACGAAAUAAAAAUGAUUGCUACAGAAAGACCUUUAAGAUUUUACUAUAAAUGUAAGUGGUUUCUCAAAGUGUUGAAUGUAAACGGAACAUUUUUUAAAAAUAAGGUGCAGUAAUAUUUACCUUUUCGGUCUCCUUUUAAAUAAUAAGUUCCUGAAAAAAAUCAUUACUUUGAGGACAAAAUUAUCUUAAAAUAAGUAGUUUUAAAAGACAGCUUGGGCUAACAUAUACGUAUAUGUACAUACAUGGACAUGCACACACUGAAUUAUUUCAUAGAAAAAGUAUUUUGGGGAUAUUUAGAGUUAUAUUGGAUUCACUGCCCUUUGAGUGCUUAGGCUAUUUCCCUCAAUGACUCUGCUCUGCAUCUAUCUAUAAAAUGAAACUUGACAUGGUGAACUCAAGUUUUCAAAGGACUUCUUGCUACUGAUCUGUUUUCAACUCACUACUUUUUUGCUCUACAUAUUACUAUAAUUCUUUGUGAAACAGAAAUCAAAGAAUUAGGGUGUUUGGCACCUUUUUAAAAGCAGUAACCAAUUUUAUUUGCAAUUUGCUUUAAGAGACAGAAAUAAACCUGAUUGUGUAUAUAGUUAUUUGUAGUCAUUAGUAAGUUGUAACCUGACCAGUGUUACAGGGAUCUGAGAUAAGCAUAGUACAACUAGUAUAUCCAAAUGUUAAAAUACUGUUUUACUAAGAUCUGGUUCAUUAUCAAGCUCUCAUAAUGCAUUUAAGUUUGGUUCAUAAACUUUAAAAACACAGCUACUAUUAAAAACUUAGGAACAACAGAGUAAAGUUACCUGUUAACGGGUAGUUUUAUGUUAACACACACGUUAACAUGGAGUGGCUUCACUUUUCACUCCAUUUUCUUCUCUAUUGCUGGUGUUAUUGUUCUUAAAUUUUUCACAAGUAUUUACUAUAGCCUUAGCUAUUCUAUAAAGAUUUAAGAUUAAUUUACCCACAAUAAACUACAAUUAGUUAAGUCAAGGGCUGUGGUAGAUGAUAACCCCCCAAAAGAUGUCUACACCCCAAUCCUUGGAACACCUGUAAAUAUGUUAGGUUACAUGGGAACAGGGAAUUAAGGUCACAGAUGGAAUUUAAGUUGCUCAUCAGCUGACCUGAAAAUAGGAACAUUACCCUGGAUUAUCUGGGUGGGGUCAAUGUAAUCACAAGGGUCCUUUGUAGUAGAAGAGGGAAUCAGAAGGGAAGGUCAGAGAUACUAGAGAAAGACUGGGUCCCACACUGCUGGCUUCAAAUAUGGAGGAAGGGAUCAUGAGCCAAGGAAAUUGGGUGCCCUCUAGAAGCUAGAAACCAAGGCGCAAAAAAAAGAAAAAAAAAAGAAUCUCCCUGAAAGUCUCCAGAAAACGAAUGCAUCUUGCUGACACCUUGAUCUUACCCAGUGAGAUCUGCAUAGACUUCUGAUCCACAGAACCAUAAGAUCAUAAAUUUGUGUGGUUUUAAGCCACUACACUUGUAGUAAUUCAUCACAACAGCAAUAGAAAACAGGAAUAGAGAAUUAGGAUUUGUGAUUAAUAUAAAUUUUGCAAAUCUGUACAAAAGAACUUACAGGUUUUUGGUUAUGUCUUCUGACUCACACUGAACAGUUGGGUUGCUCAGUGAAGGGUUUCAGACAGUUCAGUGGAACGCAAAGAAAGAGGGCUAUGAAAGGUAUAUAUGAUCGUCAGGCUUUUGCUUCUUUUUCUCAUUCUCAAUUCUCAGAGCACAAUUGCUAAGCACAUGGACUUUAGAGAAAAGAACUGAGCUAGGAUUCCUGCUCUGACAACAGCAGGGUAACCUGGCCAAGUUUCCCAACUUCUCUAAGUUCCAGUUUCCUCAGCUCUAAGCCUUCACCUUUGAGUUGACCAAUGUUUAUACUAAGUGCUCAAAACCAGGGAUGCCUUACAGAGGGCUCAAGGAGGCUUUCUGAUUGCCACAAAGAUUACAUGGGGUGAACUUUACAGGUACUGAGAUGCCCUGGUACUUUUACCUAAUAGAGGUAUGCAUUCACUGUCUUAAGAUGAUUCUAAGUUUUUUUAAGUGUAAAACUUUUUUUAAAGAGCAGGUUUUUCUUAAAACAGGAGAAACUGAAAGAUGAAAUUCAUGUAAUUCACUAGUUUGUGUAAGGCUGGUUGUACCUGGGACUGAGAAUGGCUUUGGAUCUACUACUCAUUGAAAAAUCUGCUCAUUUUCCCUUUUUUUCCUCAAAAGGAAAACCUCAAAUAGCUAAUAUGACCAUACCUUCCCUAUUCUCCAUACAAUGUUUCAGUCAAUCAGCGGUUACAAGAUCUGCCUCUAACCCCAGGAGAUGCUCAUCCCUAAUAGAAAGCUAUAUGGGCCUUGCCUAUUUUAGAAACAUGUAUCAAGAUUCGAUCAGAACUGAUUAAAGAAUUUUAGAUAUGUAGAAAAAACUAUUAGCGAAGAGGUGAUCAAAAACUGACCUAAAAGCUUGUUUUCAUUCAUUAACCCAUUCGUUUUUACUUUCAUCUUGCAAAAGAAAUCUGGAGUCUGAUAUUCCCUCAACCAGAUAUAUCAGUAAAGGUAGAUUUAUUGACGAUACACACAUUUGAAAUUGAAAUGUUUUUAAAAUGUGUAAAACCCUGACAGCAAUUUCUUUGUAAUGGUGCAAAUUAUAACUUAGAUUUUGUUUUGUUUGGGAACUAACUUUGUUUUCUAACAAGUUAAUUUCCAAAAGAAAAGUGGACCAAAGUUAAACGGGCUUUAUUUAAACACAAGUUCUCUGUUUUAGAACCUUAUGAUAGUAAGUUUCAGAGGAUAAGGAUAGGGAAAAAAGUGCUGCAAGUCAUUGCAAAUUAGAUAGAAUGUUUGGUUCUGAAUUUCCUCCCUUCUCUCCAGCAAAAAUAACAAGGAUAAUUCUGUUUCAAAACCAAUUUUUAACUCUAAUCUUUAAGCUCUUUAGGAAAACAAUCUUAAUUUUGUGGAAUUAUUUAUAUUUUUCUUCAUUAAUACAGGUAAGUAAAUAAUAGAGUUCUCUUUCUUUAGUAUUUUGGAAGGUUUUUUUUUUGUCAGCAUCAUUUGAUAGCUCUUACUUUAAAUUACAGCCAUCAAAACCAUGUGUUUCAGGGUUUAAAUAAAUUUAGAUUUGAAUUAACAAUAGUUUUCAUAUAUUUUUUCAAGUAAAACUGGCAUAUGAAACUGUACAGUUACUUUACGAAUUAGGCUAAAUCACACAUUUUAUAAAAAGAUUCAAAACAUAUUUCUCUUCAAGUUCUGCGGUCUUUAAUUUUAAUGAUUAGUGAGUCAGAGUACCAAAUUGCGAUGGUGUAAAAGUUUUCAGAAACUUACCUAUAAAGUGGGCUAUAGCUGCACAGUGUUUCACAGGUAGUUCUAAAUUCUAGCCUCUUUAGAACUACACAAUUCAUCUCAGCCUACAAUUUAAGAUUUUAAAAAAUUGUUUUUCCCCUCAUCUAAUGCCUGACAUAGAUAGCUAUUUCUAUAUGUUCUUGGCUGAGUAACAAAAAAUCAAUGUCUGAAGGUAAUUAAAGCUUUAAAGAAGAAAUUCUUUUACUACUGAAUUUCAAGUCACACACACAAAAUAGGUGAGAAAUUCUUUUAUCAUAUUUAGAAUCAAAAUAUCCCUUAAAAUAUUUACAUUUUACAGUAAAAAGGAUAGCAAAACACAAGAUCAUGUACAAGCUUAAGUAUUCAAGUUUCUGAAGAGCCAAAAAUGAAAAUGAAAAUAAUGGCCUACCACAAAGCUGUAGUAUAUGGUAAUAAACGACUUCAAUGAGUGCAGAUUAAAGCAAUAAAUGUACCCCUUGGGCUUCUGAUUCUUGGUGAAAAACUGCUCAACUAAAUGAUUAGCAUAAUCUGAUUAUGAAGUUGCUUGGAUUUUUGUUGCUCCUCUACAGUUUCUUUAAAAACAGUGCAAUUUAAAACAAACUUACAGAGCACACAUUACUCCCAAAUUAGUCAUUAUAUAAA